CCGGAAGCGGGCCUGAGCGGAUGUCUCCUGCGCGUCCGUGCAAGGGGCUGAGGGCCGCGGUGGCUGCCAGCGUGGGGUUGAGCGAGGGGCCUACGGGCUCCGCCCGAAGCGGCCGCCUCCUCCGCCCUCCGAGCCCCGCUCCGGCGGCGCCGGGGGCGCGGCUGUUGCGGCUCCCGGGGAGCGGAGCUGUGCGGGCCGCGAGCCCGGAGCGCGUCGGUUGGACCGAGGCGCUGCGGGCUGCGGUGGCCGAGCUGCGCGCCGGCGCCGUGGUGGCCGUCCCCACCGAUACGCUGUACGGCCUGGCCUGCUCGGCGAGUUGCUCGGCGGCACUGGACGCUGUGUACCGCCUCAAGGGCCGCAGCGAGGCCAAGCCGCUGGCUGUGUGCCUGGGCCGCGUGGCCGACGUCUACAGAUUUGUGCUCCCUUUUUUCCCCAGGUACUGCCACGUGAGAGUACCUGAGGGACUCCUGAAAGACCUGUUACCAGGACCAGUGACCCUGGUGAUGGAACGCUCAGAGGAGCUCAAUAAGGACCUGAACCCCUUCACCCCUCUUGUAGGCAUCCGCAUACCUGACCACACCUUCAUGCAGGACUUGGCCCAGAUGUUUGGGGGACCACUUGCUCUCACCAGCGCCAAUCUCAGCUCCCAGGCCAGUUCUUUGAAUGUUGAGGAGUUCCAGGACCUCUGGCCUGAGUUGUCCCUGGUCAUUGAUGGGGGACCAAUUGGGAAUGGCCAGAGCCCUGAGUGUCGCCUAGGUUCAACUGUGAUUGACUUGUCUGUGCCUGGAAAGUUUGACAUCAUUCGUCCAGGCUGUGCCCUGGAAAGUUCUACAGCUGUCCUCCAACAGAAGUAUGGGCUGCUCCCCUCACACGGAUCCUGCUUGUGACACUCAGGAGGGAGGGCCCAGGGACUGGUGUUGGAUGCUGUGUGUCUGUCGACUGGUGGCUGGCAAGGCCUCAUUUGCAGAGGCCACUGCGGCUCCUCACUAGUCUGACCCUUGAAGGCAGUGUCUGCCCACUAGACCAGGCCCCAGGAGCUGCUGGGUUGGCCUCAUCCCUGGGGGCGAGGUGGUAGUCUGUAAUGUCAUGUAUCAGCCAAAAGCUGAACAGAGACUAAGAACAUUCCUAGGAUGUUCUUAUUCUGCUAAGUUCCUUCUCUCUCUCUUUUUUUUUUUUUUAACAUUUUAAAAAUAAUUUAAAUAGAUUUAGAAUCCAGUGAGAGCCUCCUCUCUGGUGGGUGGUGACAUUUAAAGUCCAAAUGAGCUAGAGUAGCCACUGGUGCUGUUUAAAAGUCUCAAGUGACCAAAGGCAUGACUUUGUGAACCAGGUUAGGAUAAAAGAUUGCAGAGCCACAGGCCAAACACUAUUUCCUCUGAACGAGGGGCUGGGGGUGUGACGUGGUGUAAUUGCCUGGCAGAGAAUCGUUGUUUGAUCUAAGGGUAGGAAGUCAACUCACUUGGCAAGGGGUAGAGGUGGGAGGGUCCAAAUUAAAGAAUAUUGGAAAAUAAAUCUCUACUAUCCCUUUCAACCAGUGACUUUUUUCUUAUUCAUAAAGUAAAUUAUACUUUCGUAAAGUAAAAAAUACCUUUGUUUAAAUCCAGUGUCUACUCAGCAGCCUUGAUCUGUAUUCAUAUGUAUACUAAGUGUUAAAAAUUAUUGUUGGGCAUUUGAACUUUGUUUUUCUUUAAUAGAAAAUAAUGCUGCUAUUAAACAUCUUUGUUAAAUGGUU